AUGGACUGGGUGACGGGCAAGAUCGACACAGAAGCCUUCAUGCUCUGGCUUUACAGACCCACCAGCGCAGGCAAGUCGGCCAUCGCCCGUACAGUGGCCCAGCUAUGCGAGACGCAAAACCUUCUCCUCGCCAGCUUCUUGUUCUUCCACACGGAUUCGCGCUGCAACACCAUGAAGCCUCUUGUAGCCAACCUCGCGUAUCGAAUCACCUGUGUUAUUCCAGCUGCAUGGGCGCUCAUCGAAGCAGCCGUCGAAGCAGAUCCGCUUCUCUUCUCCUAUUCCCUUGAAGACCAGUUCGUCAGACUCGUAUUCGAGCCUCUCCAACUACUAUCAGAACAAGGCAGCUUCUCUCAAUUUGCCUUACCUCCAUUAAUCAUCAUUGAUGGCCUUGACGAAUGCACGGAUGAAGGCGCGCAGGCCACCCUCAUUUGA